GCAAGUAUUAUACAAUUUUCUACAGGAUGGACAAAGCCGUCGUCGCGAACAAACCCUCCGAACACCUGGACCUCGAGUACCUGCAAAUCCUGAGGCUGAUCAAGCCGUACAUCACGUGCAUCACCAACAACAGGUACAUAGAGCUGGUGAAGAUGUGGCUGGAGAAGUUGAGCGACGAGAGCGUCACCGAUAAGGCGGUACGAAACUAUUACCUGGUGCAGCUCGGCCACCAGAUCGAGGACGGAGUCUUGGCUGGACCGUUCCUGGCUGCACCACCUAUCGGAGACUUGGGGCCUUUCGUCGAUCCACCCACCACGAGCAGCACGAAGCUGAGAUCGAAGACGCGCAUCUUCCGGGCGAAGAAGAAGAGGAGUCGAAAGGCGAUGGAGAAAGCAUUGCCAGACGAUGGUAACGACGAGGACAACGACGAUGAAGAAGAAGAAAACGAUGAGAAGGAGGAUAGUUGGUUGGACAUCACCGACGACGGGAUGGCAUCGGGCGAUGCUUCGUCCAAUUUUCGCAGCAAUCUGGGUUACGACGAACAGGACGACUACGACUCGAAGAUGAAGAAUCUGCUGCACGUGAUCGAGGAGCUGCGGAUGGAGAACACUGCACUUAAUCAAAUCGCGGUCAAGUGCGGAUCCAACCCGGACAUCGGAGGCCUCGUCGGGGAAGUCGAAGAGUUGAAGAGCAAACUGCACGUAAGACAAUCAAUAAUUAAUAUACAAAGUGUAAACGUGACGAGAUGGUUGGUUUCAAAGGAAAUAUUGGAUAUGAAGAACGCUCUGCAUGCGAGCCACAGAACGGUGACCGGGGAAUGGCAAAGCACGUUAGCUUCGUUGCACAAGAAAUUGGAGACGGCACAUGCGAAGAAUCUGGAAUUGCGAGGCGUGAUCAGCGAUCUGCGCCGGAGACUGGCCGAGGAGCAACCCUUGGAGAUGCACGAAAAUCAAAUGAAUCUGCUCAAGGAGAAGCACCUGCAGGAUUUGCAGGAUCUAGAGAACACGUACAAGAGGGAGAUCAACGAGAAGUGCACAGGGUUCAACGAAAAGUACCAAGAGCUGUUGACCUGGUACGAGCUUAAAGUGGAGCAGAUCCGAGCGGAGACGGAAUCAAGGAUGCACGCGUACUACGAGAAGGAAAUCUCUCAACUGCGCGUGGAUUUUGACGCGGAGAUGAAGAGAUUCUGCGCGGAGAAACGGGAAGACAGGGAGCGCGAGCUGAAGGAGAUGUACAAGCAGCAGCUGCAGAACGACUCGGCGAACGCCGGAAAGAUUCGCGAGUUCUGCGCGUCUCGGAUGGAGGAGAUGCGUGCUGAACACGACAAGGAGAUCGCCUUCAGAGAUGAGGAAAUCGUGCGACUGGAGAAUCUGUUGCAGGAGCAGUGCGGCAGGAUGCAGGAGGAGGUGCAGAUCAUUCGAAAUCAGAUGGACGUGGCGAACAUCGACGAGAGCAGCAACGAAAAAAUCAGAUUUCUGCAACGGUGCGUGCUGAAGAUGGACAAAUUAUACAAGAAGGCGGAGAAGGAGUUCGGAAGGCAGGUAGUGCGGAUGCGCAGGGAGUUCGAUCUGAAGGAGAAGCACAAUCAGAUUCAGCUGACGACGCAGAGGGUGAGCCUCAUCUCGAAUAGCGGCAUCCUCAAGCAGAAGGAGAUCGAUCAGAUCGUGAUCAAGCUGGAGGAGCAUUAUCGCGAGAUGCUCGUGGAGCAGCAGCACGAAGCUGUAAAGGAUAAGAGGAACGACCAGAAGAUCAUCGCCGAGUUGCGCGAGCAGUUGCAAAACAAAUGAAUUGAUCUCUCAUCUACAUACAUUUACAUAUAAAGUUUUUUUCAAACUCACCUCCCAAAAUCACCAUUCUCCUACUUAUUAUUAUU